CUAACUGCAUUGUUGUUGUGAUGCCAAUUUCAAUUUAGUUGCUUACAGCCCUUGUGUACUAAUUUAAUUCGCUUACUGACGAAAUGGCGACCAAAUAAAAUGAGCCACAUAAGAGCAGCAAGAAUCGAAACAACUAUAAGUUAGUAAUAGGCAGUUGACAACCCUGCAAGCGCUGCACUCAACUGAGAAAAAAAGGAGAGGCGCCGCGCGACUCAACUCCAAAUUGAGUUCAAUUGCUAGUGCAUUUAACUGUAAAUAGCGAAGUGCUGGGAACCGUUAAUCGCUAUGAGUAAAAUCGAUCCAGUACGUCAAGUGCUUUGGAAUCUGAUCGGGGAGUCUCAGUCAAGUUUAACACCGGAUAUUAUUCUACGGGAAUUCCUUGCCACAAGCGAUAAACGUUUGCCCCUCGACGAGCUGCUCCAUCUGCUGGCAACCAUCAGCCGGAAGCGCAAGGACCAAGAAAAGGUGAUCACCGAGGUGGCCCAUGUUCUUGAGAGGAGGGAUCCUAUGUUUGCAUUGCUCGUCUUCGCGGAACGUUACGCUGACGGUAUAUCCCUAAGAUCCCACCACUCGCCACCCGAAAUGGCCUCAUCUGUUGCCACCUCACCGCUGCCCGGCAAAGCCUCAAUGACCACCCUAUCGGACACCCAGGCCUCCACUGCUGCGUCCGCAUCCACAACCUCAUCGCCCUACUGCAAUUCCCGGGCAAGUCUGACGGAUGAAACCCGCGAAAAAGCCGGUAUUCCCACAUCGACGCCGUUGAACAGCAAAUCGGAGAUCAGCGCCAACAGCGGUGUAGUCUUCGCCAGGCGUCGCACUCUGCCGCCUCCGCAGGGAUCCAAUAAGGAGGAUCGGGAUCGCGGCGACUUGAGUGUGAUUAAAGAGCGUGUGCUGAACGCCGUUUCCAGCCGUUCGGUGAGCUCCUAUCGCUCGGCGGCCAGUGAAGUAUCCACCGGCAAAUCGAGCAGCAGUGCCACAUCGGGAUCAUCCAAUACGCCGGUGACGGAGACCGGAGUGCCCGACGAGUAUCGCACCCAUUCGCUGUGGGACUACUACAAAGUAGAGGGCAACAAGCUGCCAAAGCCAGAGAUAUCGGGCAUACCGCUGGCCAGCCAACAGGGCGUGCUGCUUGACGAGCUGCUCCAUUGCCUUGUGGGCAUUCGUGAGAACUUCGUGGUUCCGCAGCCCUUCGAUACGUGCACCGUGGGACUCGCCAGAUUCGAGACGACCUUCACAUUGAGCAAACAGUUGGAUCGCUCCCUGUCGGAGCUGUUGAACGAAAUCCUGCCGAUGGCAUCGUACUUUAUGGGCAUCCAGCGGAUGAUCUCGGCCACCGAAGGCCAGGGUCAGGUGAUGAACUCGCUGAACGAGGCGCUGCAGGAGCUUAGCCAUGAUUUCUAUUUGCUGAUAGAGAAAGCCGAAGACGAGCUGCAGCACGGUCGGUUAACAUUGCAAAAGCUGUUGUACUACCUGCAACCCACUCUCUGGGUGAUGGAGGAAAUCUGGACCACUUUGGGAGCCAUUCAGCUAGGCGGUAUGCAUGAUGCCGCCGUGCUGACGUAUCUGCACAAGCGAAUCAAGCGGCUGGAGGGCGACCGCGAGGCCCAGAAAAUAAUAAUCGGACUGACGCGCAAGGCGGCUGAGCCGUACAUGCGUAUGCUGAAGCUUUGGAUACAGAAGGGCGUUAUUGUGGACCGCAAUCGGGAGUUCAUGGUCGAGGACAACGAGGUGAUUCAUCGCGGCGAACUGCCGGAGCACUAUUCGGAUGAUUACUGGGAGAAGCGGUACACCGUUCGGCGGGACUGCAUACCCACGUUCCUCGAGAAAUACUCGGACAAGAUACUGCGCACCGGGAAGUACCUGAACGUGAUUAGGCAGUGCGGCAAGCGGGUGAUGCUCACGCAGCAGAUGCACCUCGAGUUCGAUCCGACCAGCGAGCGGCAUGAGUCGGUGAUCAACGAUGCCUACUACUUCGCCGCACGCAUGCUGCUCGAUGUCCUGCUGACGGAGAACGAUCUGAUGGGUCAUCUGCAGUCGGUGAAGCGCUAUCUGCUGCUCAACCAGGGCGACUUCACCAUGCAGUUCAUGGACGCCUGCGAGGAUGAGCUCUCCAAGAAUGUGGACCAGGUGCUGCCGAUGACUCUGGAGAAUCUGUUGGGUCUCACAUUGCGCCUCUCCUCCGCUCGCAACGAUCCGUACAAGGACGACCUGCACUGCGAACUGCUGCCCUACGACCUCGUCACGCAGAUGUCGAAGAUCAUGAACCAGAAGGAGGAGUACUGGCAGGCCCAGCACCGCCUCGACCUCAGCGGCCUCGAGUGCUUCGCCUUCACGUACGAGGUGAAGUGGCCCGUCUCGCUGGUGCUGAACCACAUUGCCAUCUCCAAGUACCAGAUGCUCUUCCGCCAGCUCUUCUACUGCAAGCACGUGGAGCGACAGCUCUGCAAGAUCUGGAAGGAGAACUCCAUUGCCAAGAAGUUCUCCCCACAUGCAGCUGAACUGUAUCGAUCGGCGUUUACGCUGCGCCAGCGCAUGAUGAACGCCAUCCAGAAUCUGGAGUACUACAUGAUGAUCGAGAUCAUCGAGCCCAAUUGGCACAUCUUCAUCGAGAAGAUGAAGAAGGUGGAGAACGUGGACAAUGUGCUGCGACUGCACCAGGACUUCCUCGAUUCGUGCCUGAAGAACUGCAUGCUCACGGAGUCAUCGCACCUCAAUCGUGCCAUCUUCAAGCUGUGCAAGAUCUGCCUGCGGUUCUGCGAGUUCAUCCAGCGCUCGCAGCGUUUCUUCCUGGACGCCGAGCUCAAGUCGAUGGUAUGCGACACCUACGACAGCGCGGAGAGCUCCGAAUCCGAAACGGAGAGCUCGCACCGGCCGCAGUUGGAGAGCUCGUUGGAUCCGGCGGAUACUUUCUCGGAGCGAGUUAAGCGCUUCGAUCUGGAGUUCACCGGGCUGCUUAUCUCGUUCCUUAAGCAAAUCACCAGCAUGGCCAAGAAGAACACCGCCGAUCGCUUCAUGAAUCUCGUGCACCGCAUCAACUUCAAUUCGUUCUACUCGGACCAGAUGGACAAGUUGUGUGUCAAGGAUGCCAUGGGCUAAAAGCCCAUUACUUUCGAAUAAAGUAAAAACGGAUUUGCUAAGCGGAAAAGACAAGAAGAAAGUAUUAGAUAAAUAAAUGAAUUAAUCAUGAAUUUGUUCUCCCACCAUUCCCGCAUGUCUUCUAGUUUGCCAUCCAACUAAGCACACAAAUUGUUUUUCGUUUAGUUGUAAAAGAAAUCGAAUACUAAUAUUUAUGUUUUAAUAAACUAAAUUUAAAAGAAGA